AUGAAGCGUUUCCAGGUCGUGGUCUGGGACCCCGUCACCGGAGACCAGCACCGCAUUGCCGUUCCCCCGGGGUUCGACGGGACACACGGGGCGGUGCUUUGCGCCACCAGAGACAAACACUUCCAGGUGGUCUUGGUGGUGAGACAUUCGGAUGACGAGCAACAUACACGUGCGGUUGUCUGUGUUUACUCGUCAAAGACCGGCUUAUGGGGAGAUCGUAUCUCGACACCGCUUCCAUACCAACCUGAUGUGAGCGGUUCUCCCAACACCAUGCUUUAUGAGCUUGAUGCUGUGCUGGUUGGAGACUCACUUCACUGGAUGCUUUCUAGGAAUUUUGGUGGAAUUCUCAAGUUUGAUUUGGAGAAGCAGAGCCUAGCUAUGAUACGAGUGCCGCUAGUGGAUAUGUAUGGCCAGGGCAACUACUUCCAGGUUAUGAGGGCUGAGGGCGGCGGGCUGGGUUUCCUCUUCAUGUCAGUGUUAGACUACGCUGCUCAGUUAUGGAAGAGGAAGACAGAUUGUGAUGGUGUUGCUUCAUGGGAGCUUGGAAGAACUAUUCAACUGGACAAGCUACUUUCUCUGAAGUCGGAGGAUAAAAACCCCAUAGCCCUGUCGAUACUAGGGUUUGCUGAGCAGAAUAAUGCCGUGUUCAUUUGGACAGUUAAUGGCAUCUUCAUGAUCCACCUUGACUCAUUGAAUUCAAGAAGCUUGCCGAAACCACCGCAAGAUGUUCUCACUAUCAUCCAUUCGAAAGUGUCUACACUGCAGGCCUCUUUACAUUAUUCUGGCGACUGA